ACCCAAGCUUCACUGAUCCGUCUCCUCGGGACCCAGCAAUAAUUGUUCUGGUCAAAUUUGCCGCUGGUAGUCUAUGAAGCGCUCAUUACGGAGGGGAAGCUGCAGAAUAGCUCUUAAAAGUGUACUCUUGGAAGUAGGUCUACUCUUAGCCAUAGAACAGUACUGUUAGUUAGACUAGUUGGGUACCAGGUUAGAUCAGGUGGCGAAGUCCCGUCGCGUUGAUGAAUGGCUCCGUAAGGACACAUCUAAGACCCAUGCGUCGCGACAAUGGCACCGUUGCAGCAGCUGCAGCUCCCGGCAGUUUCGCCUGGAGAAUCUAGCGGCGCGCAACAUCGCGACGGCACCGAGAUCAAGGUUGAAAUCACGACCGUCGGUCCUUCUGACGAACCAUCGCCGUCUGAUCUGCUCACCAAGCGAAAGCGAGUCAACUGCCAGCCUGACAGUGACUGCGCACAGACUACUGGCAACCGUAGCCCUCCAUCUAUUCGUUAUGGCGAACCCAGGUAUAGUAACGAAUACGCACUUAGCAAAACGCCGCUGGUCUGCGUCAGAGAACAUUCUGACGAACCGACCAGCCCGAACCUGUCGACCAGCAGCGGACUACCGACAGGGGAACUCACAGGCCAUGUAACGGUCACUUCGUGUGUAGCUGUCGGUCAGAACAGCCCUGCAGGCUCGGCUGUAGCAAUGUCUACAGAAAAAGGACCUCCUUCGGAGCCGGCCUCUUUUUCUGGUAGGUCACAGAGCGUAAGCAUCGUGGAUACGGCAGCAGGAGGAACGGAAGCAACAGGCGCCGCGAGCAGAGCAGCAGAAGAAGCAGGAACGGCGGCAGGAGCAGCAGGCCCUGCGAACAGAGCAGCAGGACCGGCGGACGCGGAUGGUGCAUCAACCCCGGCUUUUGAGGUACCUCAAACAUCAGAAACGACAGGAGCAGCAGGAACGGACGACGCGGCUGGUGUUUCAACCCCGCCGCGCGAGCUGCAACCGGCUAAUCCGGCGUAUGCCUUUCGCGCAAGCCUCUCCGCCCCUCCGCGCAUUUCGAGCAAGAAGCCGCCCGACGGCAUGCCGCUGCUGCGCCUCCCCCCGGCCCUGUCGCUCUCCGCGUGGGCGCAGGCCCCCCCGACGAAGCGGCAGCUUGGGCGAGAUGACACGAGGAGAGAUGGCGCGACGCGAGAUGACACGCGGCUGGAUUUUGGAUUGCGGGGAUUGAGCUAUCACGGGGGUGGAGGAUCGGACGGUCCAGAUGGUCCUUGCUGGAAGAAGCCGCGCGGAGUUUUCUUGGGGGGACCGUCCUCGGGUGUGCCGUCCUCGGGUGUGCCGCCCUCGGGUGUGCCGUCCCCUGGGCUAUCAGUUCCAACACCAUCAGUUGCCGCCACGACUUUUGCCUCCCCCCCGUCCUCUUCCUCCCCCUCACCUCUCCGCCUUCCCUCUCCGCUCCGCCUCCCCUCCCCACUGCGCCUGAAUUCCCCUCUCCGCUUCCCCCGCAACCCUUCAUCCGCUUCCCCCGCCCUUGCGCCAGUUUCAGGCGGCCAGGCCCUCCCUGUUCCCCCUGCGACCCCGAAUAACGGCGCGCUACCUUUCUACCCACAACCGUCCAGCUCACCCCUUGGAUUGCUGCUUCCCCCCGCCAACACCGCCCCAAGCCCCCACACCACCGCGCGGGCGCAAACUUCCGUUCCGCCGCUGUCUCUUCCGCCUCCGGCUGCCCCAUCCAACCCCCCGCAGCCUUCCCCCACGUCCGCUUCAGAUGGGAGUUGGUGGGCGGCAGAUGGCGCGAGCAGACGCAACCCCCCGCAACAGGAACCUGCCAAUCCCCCUCACUACCGCGGGGUGCGGCUGCGCCCAUGGGGGAAAUGGGCGGCGGAGAUCCGCGACACCGCCAACAGCGCGCGCUUGUGGCUGGGCACGUUCCCCUCAGCGGAGGCCGCCGCGCUGGCGUAUGACGUGGCGGCGAUGGCGAUUCGGGGGAACAAGGCGAAGCUCAAUCUCGAGCGGCACCGCGAGUUGGCGGUCGAGGUGCGCGAUCUGGUGAAAGCGCUGAAAGCGGCGGCGCAAGCGGCGCAGGAUGUGGCGGCGGCGCGCGCGCAAGCGGAGGGGGGCGCGGACGGUGGCGGAGAGGGGAUGAUAGGGUUUAAGGAGGAAAUCGGGGCAGGGGAGGGCGCGGAACGAACAGGCAAUGCCGAUCAGAGGGCUGCUGCGGAUGCAGCAGCAGCAGCAGCGGCAGCAGCAGGAGGAGAAAUUGCGGCUAUCGCUUCAGGAGCGGGAGCUUCUUCCAAGCCAGAGGAAGCGUUGAAGCAAGAACAAGAUGAUCAAGGGCCCUUGUCAGAGACAGAAGCGGCGGAAACGGGGUGCGAAGGAGCGGGAGAAGGCUCAGGUAUGGGGCGAGAGGAGGCGGGAGGCUCCCACGCGCAAGAGAAGAGCGAGCAGGUGACGGAGAAGGGAAGCGGGCAGGCCGACGGGCAGGCGGACGAGCAGCACGACGGAAAGGCAAACGGGCAGGCAAACGGGCAGGCACCCCCUCCGCCGCAGACCCCCCUUCUCCACGUGGUGAUGGGGAAAGUGGUGAAUACUAUGGUGGAGAAAUACGGCGCGCUGAUGGGGGGUUUAGCCCGGGGAGCUGGCGCGGAUGGGAGAAACGGCGGAAGUGGGGGAAGUGGGGGAAGUGGGGGGAACGCGGAGGGGAGGAUGGCAUCAGCGGGAGGUGCUGCAGCGAGUGUGGGGAUGGGGAAAGUGGGGAAUACCAUGGCGGAGGACUAUGGCGCGGGGAUGGGGGAGCUGCUGCCCAGGGGCGCUGGCGCGGAUGGGGGUGCUCUGGGAAGCGGGGGAAUUGGGGGGAGUGGGGGGAGAGGGGGAAGUGGGGAGACAAGAAUGUUUGCAGCGGGUGCUGUGAGUGAUGGUAGGGGAGGGUUUGCAAGAGAGGUGCGGGAGGAAGGAGGCCGAAUUGAGCAGGCUGCAUCCCCGUUACAAGCUACUUCGUCUCAGCAACAAGUCUCUCCCACGCAAUGCCAAGCCUCCCCCAUGGAAUGCCACACCUCCCCUGUAUUACAACCACUCGUGAAGCUUGAGCAGGUUACUGCUUUUAACGAGUCGGCUUAUAAAGGAGCUGGCUUGCCAACAGGGAAAGCUGCCACAGUGGGUGCUGCUGCCCCUUGUGUCUCACCUCCGCGUGUGAUUUUAGGAACCGUGCUUACAGCGGGGUUGGCAGGCCCAUAUUUUGAACAUACGGCUCCUCCCAAGAGUGCGUAUAGGGAGGAGGCUUGUAGAGGGGAUGGGGGCGGCAGCAGCAGCAGCAGUGGUGGCGGCAGGGGAGGGCGGAGUAGCAGCAGCAGCAGCAGUGGGGGCAGGAGCAGCAAGCAGAGCGGGAGGGAUGUGGCAGAUGGCAUAAGUGGUGGUGGGGCAGGUGAAGCGGUAAAGAUGGAACUAGAUGGAGGGAUGCCGGAAGCAGGCGGGGUCUAUGGAGGGGCGCAAGGCGGAGGGGGGGUUUAUGGAGGGGUGCAAGGCGGAGGGGGGGUUUAUGGAGGGGCUCAAGGCGGAGGGGGGGUUUAUGGAGGGGUGCAGAGCGGAGGGGGGGUUUAUGGAGGGGUGCAAGGCGAAGGGGGGGUUUAUGGAGGGGUGCAAGGCGAAGGGGGGGCUUAUGCAGAGUGUACGGACGGUGGGAGAAGGCAAGGAGGAUUUGCGGGCUCUGUGCAAUGUGCAUUUGAGCUGACUCAGAAGCCACCUCAGCAGGGCGGUGGGGGGAACUUUGGGGCAUCAGAGGGCAUGCAUCAAACGCCACGUGGCAUGGGACCACCAUCACAAGGCAUGGCACCACCAUCACAUGGCAUGGCACCCCCAUCACAUGGCAUGGCACCCCCAUCACAUGGCAUGGCACCCCGAUCACAUGGCAUGGCACCACCAUCACAUGGCAUGGCACCACCAUCACAAGGUAUGGAUGGGGCUUCGCAUGGCAUGGCACCACCACUACAUGGCAUGGCACCACCACUACAUGGCACGGGACCACCACUACAUGCCAUGGGUCAAGCCUCACAUGGCCUGGCACCUGCUCUUGCCUGCCUUUGCCAUCAUUCCCAUGCGCACAUGCAGCCGCAGAUGCAUGCGCACAUGCAGCCUCACAGCCAGGCACAGAACCAUGCACACACAGAGCCUCGGGCCCUCUCUCAGGCCCUAUCACUCACUCAACCACACUCACAACAACACGCUGCAGAACGAUCUGGUGAGCUUUACACAGAAGCUCACAAUAACGAAGAGAAAGCAGCCGAGGAGAGUGGAAGCAGGAGGGCAGAAGAAGCAAAUUUCUACUCCACAGAACAGGGAGGAGAGGGAAGGGGGAUGAGGGCGGAAGGAGGGGCGACGGGGGCAGUGGAAGGGGCAGAAGGACCGGGGCUGGGUAUGCUUGCCCAGGGUACCAGGCUUGGCGCCUCCAGGUUCGGAGUCGAACCUCACAGGUUCGGGAUCGAGGACCUCAAGUUCGAGAUUCUUCAGAGCCAGGAGGUCGAGGGGGAGGACGAGCCGUGCCUGCUGCCCAUGCCUGACGGUCAGGAAUGGGAGAGGUUCGGCUCGGACCUGCCAUACCCAAAUGAGCAGGAUCUCACAGGGUGGCGGUUAGUGAGUGACUCUAUAACGGAGACAGGCACGGAAACCGCGGGUGCCAUGCCUACAGUAACAGCUGCUACGGAUACAGGUGCUACUGCAACGGAUUGUGAUGGGCUGAGUAGUGACUUUAAAGGGCUGACGUGCUCUGGGAAUCUUGGGAGGAGCGAAGGGGGGAGCCAAGGAGUGAGCGUUCCAGGUAUCGAGAUGUGUGCGCAUACUGUGGCAAGUGUGCGAGGUUUUCACCAGGCCGCGGCUCAAGUGCCACCUGGCCAAGUGCCACCUGUCCAAGUGCCACCUGCACAUAAGCACGCUACUGGUUGCAGUUGCGGCUGGUGCAUCGGAGGGCAAGGGCAGGAGAGGGAGCAAGGUUGGCAGGAGCACCAGCAACAGGAUAAACAGCAGCAAGUGCAGCGACAAGUGCAGCAGCAACAGGAACAGCAGCAGCAGCAGCAGCAGCAGCAGCAGCAGCAGCAGCAGCAGCAGCAGCAGCAGCAGCAGCAGCAGCAGCAGCAGCAGCAGCAGCAGCAGCAACACCAGCAACAGGAGCAACAGGAGCAACAGCAGCAAGUGCAGCGACAAGAGCAGAAAGAGCGACAGUACCCCCAAAAUCAGCAGAAUGUAGAGUGGCAGGAAAAAUCAUAUCAGACGCAGCAUUGGCAACAUCGGCACAGCCAGCAGCAACAAAGCCACCAGCAGCAGUGGCAGCAGGAGUGGUACCAGCAGCCGCAGUGGCCACAGCAGUGUAACCAGCAGCAGCAGCAGCGGCAGGGGCUGCUGCAGCAGCAGCAGCAGCAGCAGCAGUGGCAUCCGCGCCAUCAGCAGCAGCCAGUGCCAGAGCAUACACAACAGAGGCCCCAGCAAGGGGCUUGGACGAAUGACGACCAGCAGCAGCAGCAGCAGCAGCAGCAGCAGCCACAGCAGCAGCAGCAGCGGCAGCAGCAGCAUCAGCCACGGCGGCAGCAGCAUCAGCAGGUGCAGCAGCAGCAGCAGCAGCAGCAGGUGCCAGGGCAGCAGCAGUGCCAGUGCUGUCAACACGUGAAUCACUCUCAGCAGGAGCGGGUGCAAGCACAGCAAUUGGUGUGGCAGCAGCAGCAGCAGAAUCAACAGCAACAGCAGCAGCAGCAGCAGCAGCAGCAGCAGCAGGGGCAGCAGCAGCAGGGGCAGCAGCAAGUGCAGCAGCAGCGCCAACAGCAGUACCUUCCACAUCAGGCGGUUGGGGGUACCGUGCAUUACCAUGGGCCAAACAAGGCGAAUCACCUGCCUGAAGCACCUGCCCAGGCUCUCUCGUUAGCCUUAGAGUCUCAGGAGCAAACCCAUGGGCACAUGCAAGUUCACCGGAGAAUAAGCGGGUUACAUCAGCAGACGCGUGAGCCUAUCAGCAGCAAUCUCGAUCAGCUUCCCAGGGGUUUGGAGCAUGGGUCGGCCCAUGUGCACCACGUCGCAUCACUGCCGCCCAUGCAUGUGUGUGGUGGAUCAGCGCACGGGCAUCAUGGCGUGACGUGCUGUGGGGCACCACGCGGCAUGCAGCAGCAGCAGCAGCAGCAGCAGCAGCAGCAGCAUUACCAGCAACAGCAACAGCAACAGCAACAGCAGCAGCAGCAGCAGCAGCAGCAGCAGCAGCAGCAGCAACAGCAGCAGCAGCAACGGCAGCAACAGCAGCAGCAAUACCAGCAGCAACAACAGGAGCAACACCAGCAACAGCAGCAGCAGGAGAAUCACCAGCAACACCAGCAGCACCUGCAACAGCAGCAGACACAGCAACAGCAGCAGCAGGGACGGGGCCAGGGACAGGCCCAAGGACAGGGACAGUUACACUGUGAUGGUAACCAGCCAGGUCAUUCUAACCCUCUUCAGGUGUGUUUCUGCGGACUCGCCUCAUGCUUGGAAUCAAGUCGCACAAGUCAGCAGUUCUCUGCCACAACUGCCACACACACUACAUGUGCUCCUGGUGCUACUGGUGCUACAGGUGCUUCUGCUGCCGCUGUUGCUACUGGUGCUACUGGUGCUGCAGGUGCUACAGGUGCUACUGCUGCCGCUGUUGCUGCUGGGGCUGGAGUUGCCAGGAAUCCUGCUUUUGAGUCGACUCAAAAGCGGAAUCCUGCAAUUCAAGUUGCAGCAGCUCCAGCAGCAGCUGGAGCCACAGGCAUUGCAGAAGCCUCUGCGUUGAGUAGCCAGCAGGGCUGUUAUCCCGUGCACUGCUCCACAGCUUCUGUAUGUGACUAUUCAAGAGAUGUCUCCUCUUCUCGACGCUGCUCCUGCGGUAGUGGUGCAAGCCAUGGCAUGCCCCAUGGAGCCAUGCAGGAUGCUGUUCAUGGGUCAUGCGCUGCGGUGCAUGGGAGCCACGCUACUGUUCAUGGGUCAUCCGCUGCUAUUCCUAUGAGCCAUGCGCCUCAGCAUGGCAGCAUGCAACACAUGCAUGGAAGCGUGCAAAACAGCAUGGCAACCCCCCAGUCGAGGCCCAUACUCAUCCAUCCAACCAGCAGCGGCGGCAUGCAUGUAUCUGCAGCAGCGUCUGCACAUGGAUCUUCGUUAACUCCCCUGGCUCCCCUGGCUCCCUUGCCUCCCCCUCCCCAUGCUCCCAGUGCUGCCCGCAGCAAGAGCCUAUCCUCCCUCCCCAUCCUCCCCACCGCCAUCCAUCCACCUCCCAAAACCAACCGAUCCUUCUCCCAAAAACCAGCUUCAUACCACCCUCCCUACAGUAGCAGCCACGGGGACGCCAACGCGCGGCUCUCUCCCCCCAUCCCUGCCCCUUUCCACGCCCUCAGCAGCUGUGAAACAGCCUGCUUCGACACAGCGAGCCUUGAAACGGCUUACAUCACACGCACAGAGCAGUUCCCAAUGUCAAACCAGGCAGCUUCAUACUCCACUUCUGCUGCUGCUGCCGCCAGUUCUGCUGCUGCUGCUGCUGGUGCCUCCACUGCCCCCACUGCUCUCCCUUGCCCUCCAUACCCCAUGGCUGUUCCUCCUCCUCCCCCCUACAUGUCCAAUCCAGGCUUUCCCCCAUCCUCCGCCUUCCAACCAUCUGCUCCCGCUCCCCGGCCUCCCACCACCGUCCCACCACAGACUAUUUAUUACACCACUGUCGCACCUUGCUCCGAUGCCCCGUCGCACCACCACCCCUCUCCCUCCACUUCUGCUACACCGCUCUCGCCUACUCCACCUGAAAAUUCACCUGAGCUCGCAACCGCCCCACCUGACAUAUCGUCCCUUCUGCCAAACCCACACCCCUCCCCUCCCCCUGCUCUCACUCCUGCCGAACCAGCCCAAUCCGGCCCUCCAUUCUCCACGCCUCAUUCUCACCCAACCCAGUCUAGUUCCCACUCUGCCCCUCCUUGCAUCCCAGCCCAGCCUGCUUCUGACCCGUUCUUCUCCCCCUCUCCGUCCACCACCCCCCCAUCCUCCUCCCCUCUCCCUCUAGUCACCCCUGCUCACCAGCUCUCCUCUGCACGCGUGCUACUGUUUGAUGCACCCUCCCCCGCUAGCUCACCAGCUUUUAACGAGACCCAAAGCUGUGCGGUGGUCGCUGGGUCUGCUUCCGCACAGACCUUGAGUCAAGCACCCCCGGAGCAUGGUCACUUGGCACAUCUGUUCUCCCCUUCGGCCUCCUCAAGCCCGCCAGAACUCACCCUCUCAGUCGACCGUGUCUCUUCUGCUGCUGCUGAGGCAGCCCAGCAGAAUCCGCCCUUUCAGUCGGACCCAUCUGAGCAAACAGCUCCUCCCGGGCAUCCUACAGCACUAGCACCAGCACAACCACAAGCACAAGCAGCUGCACCUCCCUCAGUUGUUGUCGCCCUUCAUCCCACUGCGCCUGCAGGGAGUGGAUCCGGCCUACCCAGUCUUCCUUUCUCCCCUCCACCUCACCCUGCCACAAAUUUUCCCAUUAUCUUCAACCCCUCGCAAAAUCAGUCCGGAAGGGCUGAUUUGGAACCUUGGCAAGGGGAGGCGUGGCCUGGGGAGGGAUUAUCCGGCGAAGGUUUUUUCAUUGAGGAGUUUCAUGGGCCAGAUAGAUGGGCGGGAGAUGGGUGGCUGGGAGGAGCAUGGGAGCCGGAUUGGACCGGGGAAGGGUCGCAAGGAAGCGGAGGUGGGCAAGUGAGUGGAUCUCAUGGUGGAGUGGGUUUUGCAUGAAUUUGGAAGGUUCAGGAGUUCGUAGGUUUAGGGUGUGCGAAAAGGUGUUUUGUGAUAGCUUAAGGAGAUUUAGCUCAAUAUGGAUAUAUAUAUACUAUAGGUAUAUGUGUUGGUAGCUAUUUAGGGAUUUGCAUUCAUGAUUAUGGUUUGAUUCCCUCAU